GAAAGACGUCUUUCCCUGAUAUCGUAUUUUGGAGGUCUUUAGUCAUCGUGAUAGUGAUACACCAUGUACAUCAUCGACUGACUAUAACGAUUCCUAUAGCCCUGUGCUGUAAUCAUAAUUUUGUCGGCCUAUACCCUUGGUUUGAACGUCUGGGAAUCAUCAUGUUUCUUGAAUUGGUAAUGUUGACACUACUUGUUCAAGACGUCAUUGCACCCCACCAGCAUCAUGAUCUUGCAGGGUACAGGGACUUCUAUAUUCAUGGCCUCAACAGACAACAACUGAUUUCCCAUUAUUUCCUGCUUGGUUAUACUGCAGUACAAAUCUGUUCCAUCCUCGCCCUUCAUCAUAACAUUUGGCUGAGUGUACGUCAUCUGCGCAGGUUAAUGUGGGCCCAGGGUUUACGAAUACAUAGACAACAUGCUCGAAUCCGUGAUAUUGUAUCUGCUAUGAGAACUGAAAUAAGUGGAAGUGGAAGGUUACUCGGCUAUCGUCUGAUGUGGCACAGGUUGAACUUUCAAUACGGACUACGAGUAACACAAAAUACUACAAGAUUGCUUCUAGGCAUCCUUGAUCCAGCAGGAGUGGGGUUAAGAGCACGUGGUCGACUUUUUCGAAGACAAUAUUCUUGUUCCGGGCCUAACCAUCUAUGGCAUAUCGACGGCUAUGACAAACUUAAACAAUUCGGAUUUGCAAUUCACGGGGCCAUUGAUGGAUUUUCACGUAAAGUCUUGUGGCUACGUGUGGGCGCAAGUAAUAAUAAUCCAGAGUUAAUAGCUGGCUUGUUCUUGAAGCAAGUGAAGCAGGCAAGAGGAAUGCCAACAAUUCUUCGGUGUGACAGAGGAACUGAAAAUAGCAUUGUGAGAGUUCUACAGAUGGGUCUUCGAAUGGAUCAUCAUGAUGAGCUUUCCGGAUUUCGAAGUUUCAUGUAUGGGCGAUCAACAAGUAAUCAGCGAAUUGAAUGCUUUUGGUCCCAGUUCCGACGAAUGGUUGCACAGUUCUGGAUAAACUUUUUCAAAGAUGUGAGGGACAGAGGUCUUUUUGACAAUAGCAAUGGGAUACAUGUUGAGUGUGUCAGAUUUUGUUUUACAUCACUGUUGCAGGCUGAAUUCGACAGAGCUGUUCGCAUGUGGAAUAACCAUUCAAUUCGUCACCAGCUUCACAGAGAGUGUCCAUCAGGUAAACCGAAUAUGUUGUAUCAUACACCGGAACUCUAUGGGAGUACUGACCGGCUAAAACCAUUGCUGGUCAGUGAUGAUGAACUUUAUGAAGUCGAGGUCCAGUAUAGCAGAACGUAUCAUCAGUAUGGAUGUAGCGAUCAGUUUGUGGAUGUGCUCAGAGAGAUUGUAGGUGAAGAUAUUUCUAACUUUGAAAUGCCAUCAACAGCAGAAGAAGCACUGUUACUGUAUCGACAGAUUCUUGAAGUAAUUGAUCUUCUCUCGGAUUAACAGUGAAGAAUUAAAGAAGUUAAAACUUACCACCUACCCAAAUUGGCAUGUCAUUGUUUCCAAACGUGAUGUAAAUAAUAGGUAACUAUAAACAAAUAAAUAGUAAUAUUUG